GUUCAUAUUUUUAAGGUUAAGGUACUAAAUAUUUGCUAUUAUGCUUCCGCAUUCUGCAAUCUGACUGUAGUUUAUGUUACAGUUUAAAGCUAAAAGAUAUGGAGAAAAGUAUAUAAAAUAUUGAAAAUAUUUUUAAAUUGUAUAAAUAAAUAAUAGAAUAAAAAUAUGUCUAUUGAGAAAACUAGUGAAAAAAUUGAGAAAGAAAAGAAUUUAUUAAUUGUUGUAUUAGAUGUAAAUCCAUUACAGAGAAUAGUUAAGGAAGAAGCAAAAAUAUUAACACAAUGUUUGGAUUCAACAAUCGUAUUUGCAAAUGCACAUCUAAUGCAAGCAUCGAACAAUCAAUUAGCAGUAAUGGCUUGUCAUGGACAUGGAGCUAUGUUUUUAUAUCCUUCUGAUAAGGACAAUGAUAUACGUCAAAUAGAUGGGCAAUAUGAAAAAUUUACAGAGUUAGAACGUACCGUUAGACGACAGAUACAACUAUUCGUUAAUCAAAUACCCUCAGAUACUUCGUUGAAUGGAGAAAGUCUUAUUUCUGGAGCACUUUCUAUGGCGUUAUGUUAUAUUUCAAGGGUAUCUCAGGAUAAAGAUGGAGAUGAGAAAUUUUGCUCAAGAAUACUCGUGAUCACUGCAAGUAAUGACUCUACCAUGCAAUACAUGAAUUAUAUGAAUAUAUUUUUUACGGCACAGAAAAUGGGUGUUAUACUGGAUGUAUGUAGCUUGGAUCAAGAAUUAACAUUGUUACAACAAGGCUGUGAUAUAACUGGUGGAAAUUAUUUAAAAGUACCACAAUUAAAUGGAUUACUGCAGUAUUUAUUAUGGGUUUUUUUACCAGAUUCUAGUGUUAGAUCAAAAUUAGUGUUACCUCCUCCAGUAGAGGUUGAUUACCGUGCAGCGUGCUUUUGUCAUCAAGAACUUGUAGAUAUUGGUUACGUAUGCUCUGUCUGUUUAUCAAUUUUCUGUAAAUUUAGUCCAAUUUGUACCACGUGCCAUACAGUGUUCAAGAUGCCAGGACCAAUACCAAUGAAAAUGAAGAAAAAGAAAAAAAAUUUAGAUAUCACACAUUGAUUAUGUCAUACUUAACGAUAAUGAAAUAUUGAUGUGUUAUUUAAUGUCACAUCACAAUCCUUUGUCAUAGUAAAUUCUAUCCGGCAGUUCUUCCUUUCCGAUCUUCUC